UUGCAAGGCUUACACAAGUUGAAAGGGUAAGUCCUAUGUGGCAUGAAAUAUGGUUUGGUGGCGUUGCAAUUGCAAAGGAAUUUUGAAAGAUCCCGAUGUGGAAGGUCUAACGCACCGAUUUACCAAUUUCUGAGUGUUAGGUGACUUCCUUUUUUGCGAGUCCAAAGUGACCACCUCUACAAUCUCGCACUGAAAUCCGACCGCCGACCGCCAGCUGACAUCCUAUCCCUUUGUCUUGCAAAUUCUUCCUCCAAUCUCGCUGCUCACUUGCGCGUAUCACUCUAUCUCUCUGUCUGCGCUUUCAGAAUCUGAUCAAAUGACAACCAACGAAGGUUGAUCAAAGAGUUUGACUGUGAAAUCAAAAUGGAGGAAAGUAAAAAUCCUUAAACUCAAGCAAUCAAUGUGCUCCUUUAUUAGCUUCAAUAUGAAUGUAUCGUUGCAGUAAAUGGUGUUGGUUCAUUUAAAUCAAAUGAAGCAAACAGGGUAGAACUCAAGCCAAAGGUAGAAUUGCUCAAGAACUGCACCUGAGACAAGCAGUUUAUGUUUCAAUAAAAAGGGCUCCUACUAAAAUGGAUGUUUGUUUGCCACUCGAUAAGUUAUUGUUGAACGUGAAAGGGAAAAUCCAAGUAGUACUGGUAUCAACCGGAAGCUUCAAUCCUCCUACAUUCAUGCAUUUACGCCUAUUUGAAUUGGCAAGAGACGCACUUAACUCAAAAGGAUUUAAUGUUGUUGGAGGUUAUAUGUCACCUGUAAAUGAUGCAUACCAGAAAAAGGGUCUCAUACCCUCUGAACAUCGUAUUGAAAUGUGCCAACUGGCUUGCAAAAGUUCCGACUUUGUAAUGGUGGAUGCCUGGGUGGCAAAACAAAGCUCAUUUCAACGCUCAUUGACUGUGUUGUCAAGAAUCAGAAGCUUUUUUUGUGAUAAUUUGAUGAUACCUAAUGAAUCCCUAAAGGUGAUGCUUGUUUGUGGCUCUGAUCUACUAGAAUCAUUUGGCAUUUCUGGAGCUUGGAUACCUGACCAGGUGAGGAGUAUAUGCAGAGACUUUGGCGUAGUUUGUAUCCGCAGAGAAGGUCAAGACAUUGAGAAAAUCAUCUCGCGUGUUGACAUCUUGACAGAAUACAAGAGUAGCAUCCAAGUUGUUGAUGAAAUAGUACCAAACCGUAUUAGCUCAACUUUAGUAAGAGAUUGUGUUUCACGGGGUUUAUCUGUGAAAUAUUUAACGUCAGAUGAAGUUAUUAGUUACAUUAAACGAAGCAAACUGUAUAUCAACCCCAUUGCCUCACAACAACAAAGUUUGUAGCUAAUGAUAUUUAUAAAGGAAUUAUCCAAUAAAACUGUCGACGAUUAUAUUUUUGUUGUAAUAAACACCUCUGCUCAAUUUAUUUAUGAGCCUUGCUGAGUUCACGUA